UGCGGAUUACGACGGAGCUCGGCAAGUUUGGGAUUACGCGCGCGAUUCAGUCCCGCAACUCGCAAACGCGGAAGAGCGCGAAACGCACCGAUUUCAAGUGAUCCAAGAAGUUAAGUCGGGACGUGUGGAGCAUCGUCAAUAGCGCGCAACCAUGGACGGCUCGAAAAGCAAAAUCCAACCCUUCUACAAAGACAAGACCAUUUUCAUCACCGGUGCCACCGGCUUCAUGGGAAAAGUCCUCUUGGAGAAGCUGCUGUAUAGCUGCUCCGAUCUCGACAAGAUCUAUAUUCUCAUACGACCCAAGAGAGGGAAUAGCAUCGAUGUCCGGCUCGACAACAUAUUCAAGUUGCCCAUGUUCCAUAGGAUACGCCAAGAGAAAAGUCACAUGAUGAAGAAAAUAGUGCCGCUGAACGGCGACGUAACUAUGCGCAAUCUGGGCCUCACCGACGAACAGCGGCAGAAACUGAUCAACGAGGUGCACAUAGUAUUCCAUUUCGCUGCGACUCUUCGGAUGGAGGCGAAAUUGAAAGACUCUGCCGAGUUGAACCUAUUCGGCACGAGGAGGGUGCUGGAUCUAGUCAAGGAGAUAAAGAACCUGCAGGUGUUCGUGCACUUGAGCACGGCCUUCUGUCACAUUGACCAAGAGGAACUCGGUGAGAUCACCUACGACGCUCCUCACGAUCCUGACGACGUCAUGAGGCUCCUUCGAUGGAUGGAUGAAAGCGCUAUAGAACUGGUUACGCCCAAAUUAUUAUAUCCGCAUCCGAAUACUUACACCUACACGAAGCGUUUGGCGGAAACGCUGGUGACCAGGGAAUACCCUAAACUACCUUGCGUCAUCGCUAGGCCGUCGAUCGUAACUCCUGCCGUCAAUGAACCGGUACCGGGAUGGGUGGACAAUCUGAACGGUCCUACUGGGAUACUCGUUGCUGCGGGCAAGGGUGUCCUCAGAUCAAUGCUUUGCAAUACCCAAUAUCAUGCUGAACUUAUACCGGUUGACAUAGCGAUUAAUUCUAUAAUUGCAAUCAGCCACAAAGUGGCUACCGAAGAGAAGCCGAAAAAUAUACCAGUGUUCAAUAUAACACAGAGCGGCGUAAUUCCGAUAACGUGGGGUGAAAUAUUGAAAUUGGGCAGGAGUAUUAUUUAUCAGUAUCCUUUCGAAGGACAGGUUUGGUAUCCGGACGGCGAUGCGCGAAAUAACAAAUAUAUACAUGGUCUCAUGGCUUUUUUCUUCCACAUCAUCCCCGCGUACCUGAUCGACUUCCUGAUGCUGAUAUUUCGACAGAAAAGAUUUAUGGUGAAAAUCCAGAAACGAAUUGCAGACGGCCUCGAAGUACUACAAUAUUUUACCAUGAAGAAUUGGAUAUUUUACAGUAAGAAACUAUUGAUGAUGCGCGACGAAAUGUCACCGGAGGACCAACGGUUAUUCCCAAUAAGUUUUAAAUUAUUAGACUUAACUGAAUAUAUGAAAGUUAUUAUCCUCGGCACACGGCAGUAUUGUAUGAAAGAGGAUUUGUCUACUUUGCCGAAAGCUCGUCGGCACCAGGCAAUAAUGUACAUUAUCCACAACCUCACGAUAUUCCUCUUCUACUUCGGCAUAUUGUACUUCAUCUACAAGAACUUUGAGAUGGCGAGGUAUGGCAUGGACUUCGCUACCCAGCAGAUAAAGUCGUUGUCGGUCGUAGGCAGCGUCGUGAAGAACGUGGAACUCUGAUACUGUUUAUAGAAGUUCGAUUUCUGCCAGUACACAGACCGGAUGUAACAACCUUAACACACGAAGUUGUGCCUUUCUGGAGCUCACGAUGUAUUUCUCACGCGCUUUGAAACGGUACAGCUUUAUGCGUUAACAUUACUACGCCCGGCUGUGUCCACCUAAGCCAGUAUUCAUAGUCAGAUCUUAUAUUUAAGAUCGUCUUAAGUUCAUCUUCAGAUGUCCCGUAGCCAAUGAAGUAAGAGUCGUACAGCAUUUGAAGAUGAACUUAAAACGAUUUUAAAUUUAAGAUCCAUCUAUGAAUACCGACCUAAGUUCCAAAACGGUGCUUUUCUUGAUCGGGGUUGUUCGCAUUAUUUCCUAAAGAUGCGUAAAGACGCCUACGUACGACGAUUGAUAUAUUAAAUUGAUAAAUCCAAGCUAAUGCAGACCAACCGUUUUUAGGAGCGCGACGCUCGCUCCGAUCGAAGGCCGCGGUAUGUGGAGAAAUUGUUUGCGGAGAUCUUAUCUCAAGUCGAAGCUCGAAAGUAGAUUUGCAUACCGACGACACGUAGACCGCGUUCCUCUCCCCGUGUGUCGAGUUCGAUUUCCGCCAGUAUACAGACCAGAUCUAACAACCUUAACACACCAAGUUGUGCCUUUUUGGAGCUCACGAUGUAUUUCUCACGCGCUUCCAAGCGAGAUCCAUCUAUGAACACCGACCUAAGUUCCAAAACGGUCUGAACACUUGUUUUGGAACGCAACCGAUCCAAUGAGAGAACUUGCUUCUCGAAAACGUCGUUGACCAUUGUUCGCAUUGCAAACUGCGUCGAGAAAGAAUUGUUCGAAUUCUUGAAACCCAAUAUACAUGUACGUAUGCGUAAUUUGCGGAGUGUAAUUUGUAUAUUUGUACGUAUUCGUGCAACGCGACGCACAAACGAGGAGCAACUAAAGACGAUCCGCCGACAUAAUGCGACUCCGUUGACGAAUGUGAGCUCCAAAAAGGCACAACUUCGUGUGUUAAGGUUGUUACAUCUGUAUACUGGCGGAAAUCGAACUCGACACACGGGGAGGGGAACGCGGUCUACGUGUCGUCGGUAUGCUUCACUUUCGAGCUUCGACUUGAGAUUAGGUCUCCGCAAACAAUUUCUCCACGCACCGCGGUCUUCGAUCGGAGCGAGCGUUCCUAAAAACGGAUGGUCUGCGUUAGCUUUAAUUUACCAAUUUAAUAUAUCAAUCGUCGUACGUAGGCGUCUUUACGCAUCUUUAAAAAAUGAUGCGAACGACCCCGAUCAAGAAAAACACGGUGCGAGGUACGCGUGUACGAACUUUGACGAUCGUAGAGAUGGAGAUUAUUGGUGUAUUGUUAUAUGGUUCUGAUAAAUCUAAUGUAUAGUAUAUAAUAUAUAGUAUAAUAUAAACAUGUUGACUGGAAUAAAGGUAUAUGUGUACAUACAA